AAUUGAAGCCUUGUGGAAUGGUGCACGCUUUGUCGCACGCCAUGGACUUCCAUCUGCAGCCCGACUUCCUUGCACUUUGGAAGUGCUCGCACACGGACAGCGCUUGGCCGGUGCUAGGGAAGCGAAAGGCCGAUGACUUCACGGCGGGAAGCUGGAAGAGGAGAAAGCAGCAGUGCGCCAAAGACCUGCCUCAGAGCCCGAGGAGUCCGGAGAGCGAGAUGGCGAUGUUUGGAGCCUUCGGCGAAAGCUGCGUGGAGGAUCUGCCCAAUGUCCUGGUCAGUGGGUGCCUGGUGGUGGCCUGGUGGAAGACUGCCUUUGCCCAAUGCUGUCAAGGUUGUGAUGAUGGUGUUGCUGGGCAUGUUCUUUGCUGAGUCCAUCCUGGUGAAGAUGAUAUGUGCCGGCGUGCUUUGCUUGAUGGCUAUGAUCUUCCUGGUGAGCCAAGUGCUGUCGAUGACAUAUGAGGGCGCUUGUGCCAUUUGAAGGGCGGUGAAUUUAUUGCGGCACAUCUCCGCGCAUAGAAUUUAAAGUUUGUCAGGCAGCAGAGCCACAAUCAAGAGCCAGUA